AUGGCGAGGCCGUGGCGGGCGCUGCAGCGGGCGCGGGGCUGGGGGGCCUUGGCGGGGCUGCGGGAGCGGCCGGACAAGUUCGGGGGGGUGAGCGUGGACCUGGCUCAGCUCGGUCCCCCCCGCCGCCUGGAGCGGGCCGCCUUCGGGCGAUGGCUGAGGGAGGCGGUGGCCCGGUGGCGGGAGGAAGGCCGCGUCGCCGUCUGGCUGCGCGUCCCCAUCCUCCAGAGCGGGUUUGCGGCGGCGGCCGCUUCGCAAGGCUUCGCCUUCCACCACGCCGAGCAGGGUUCGUCCACCUUGGCGUUGUGGCUGGGAGAAGGGCCCAGCAGGCUGCCGGGGUAUGCCAGCCACCAGCUGGGAGUUGCAGGUGAGCUACGAAAGCGUUCUUACCCAUCGUGGCUACUCGGCCAGAGUCACUGGAAAAAUUUCUGUUAUUUGAGCAAGACUACAGACACGUCUCUGCUGAAGCAAGCAGCUUUGCUCGAUUUAGGUGCUGUUCUAGAUGAAAGCACUGGAAAGGUGUUGGUCGUACAAGACAGAAAUAGGACUAUAAAUGCGUGGAAAUUUCCAGGAGGUCUGUCUAAUCCAGGCGAAGACAUUGGAGACACAGCAGUUCGAGAGGUUUUUGAGGAGACUGGCAUCAAGUCAGAGUUCAAGUCCAUCCUAAGCAUAAGACAGCAACACAAACACCCCGGAGCCUUUGGGAAGUCGGAUAUGUACAUCAUCUGUCGCCUGGAGCCCUCCUCCUUCACCAUCAGCUUCUGCCAGCAGGAGUGCCUGAGGUGCGAAUGGAUGGACCUCGAUGAGCUUGCUAGGACGAAACACGCUACUCCCAUCACCAGCAACGUAGCUAAACUCUUACUUUACGGAUACCGGGAAGGGUUUGAGAAGAUUGAUAUAACCAUGAGAGAGUUUCCAGCUGUCUACACAGGCCUGUUCUACAAACUGUACCACAGGGAGCUGCCCGAGUCCUACAGAAACAUUACAUGAUAGCAAUACAUUUCACAUUUCAUUAUGUUAAUAAUUUAGAAUUAUUAUUGUAUUGUUAUUUAGACCAUAUUAAAAUUAUCCAUGGACUUCUUUUUAGGUAAUUAUUAGAAAGUAAUUAUUUACUCUAUUCUUUAAUAAGCUAUAGAGAUAUAAAUUAUUUUUAAAAGUAAAUAUUGCUAUAAGUGUGCAUCAGAUUUGUCUUCCUUUACUCUGUAAAGCAAACAUAAGGUAAAUAAAAUAGCUCUACAUAGAGAUCUAGCAGAAAA